AUGACUAUAACCGAUGAUAUCAAGGACGAGCACCUCAACAAAAGUCUGCUUUGCUACAAGGCAAGAAGAGCCGACGGGACUUGGACAGAAGAGCAAGAAAUAGAUCUAGAUCCUUACUUUGGUGACUGGGAUGGCUGGUUUGACGAUAAGCACCCUGGUUAUUCCAAGAAGUCAAAAAACGAAAAGAUUGAUCGCGAAUAUACGGGGUCUCCAUUUCACGAAGAGCUUAAACUUAAAGCGGAAUUGCUAAUGAAUAACGGCGAAUACCGAGAACCGCCCCAGGGUAUUUUCUUGUACCCCUAUUUUGACCUUAUUGAUGGUACUCUGCAAUACAAAGGCCCUAUUCGCGCAAAUGAAUGA